AAUUUCCGUCCCACCCGAUUGAGACCUCUCUUCUUCAGAUCUGAUCUGAACUGCGGCCCGACUCGCCCACCUCCUUCGUCGUCGUCAUCGUCGCCGGAGCCGAAGAUGUACAUGGCCUACGGAUGGCCGCAGGCCAUCCCCAUUGAGAGUGACGCAUCCACCUCCUCUUCCCCCUCCGAUCGGGUCGUCUACCUCAAGGCCAUCAAUCGCCUCCUCCUCGUUGUCUCCUCCACUCACCUCGAGCUCUGGAGCGUCUCCCAGCACAAGGUGAGAUUGGGCAAGUACUUCAGGGACGCCGACUCGGUCGAAAGAGAGGGAGAGAAUCUCCAAGCGAUUUGGAGCUCUGAUACCAAGUCGAUCGCGGUUCUUACUUCUUCAUCAUAUUUACAUAUUUAUAAAAUCCACUUUUCUGGAAAAAGACUUGUGAUUGGUGGCAAGCAAACACCUGGACCAGUUCUUGCUAAUAUCUUGCUGGUUAUCAUUGAAAAGGCACCCUUUUCAGAGAAAAAUUUAGUAACUUGCAAUUUUGUAUGUGAUAGCAAAAACAUGCUCCUUGGACUUUCUGAUGGGCAAAUACAACUUGUCUCAUGGAAUGGGGAGUUCCCUAGUAGCUUCAGACUUUGUUGCCAACCACCACAUGCUGUACCAGAUGUAUCUUCAACUGCUCUUAUAGAGGCGACUAGUGUUCAAGAGUCUACUCAGUGCUGUCCUAGAAGUUCAGCUAUUAUCCAGCUAGAGUUAUCAUCACAACUGAGAUUGCUGGUAGUUUUGUUCUCCAGUUGCCAAAUCGCUCUUUGUUCUAUAAGUAAGAAAGGAUUAAAGCAAACACAGUCUAUUAAAGCUGAGAGAUGGUUCAAUACAGAGGAUGCAGUGUGUGCUUCUGUAGCUUCUGAUCAGCAGAUCCUUGCAGUAGGAUGUAGUAGAGGUGUUGUGGAGUUAUAUGACCUGGCAGAGAAUGCAACACUUCUACGAACAAUAUCAUUGUAUGACUGGGGGUACUCUAAGGAGGAUACAGGUCCUGUAUCUUGUAUAGCUUGGACACCAGAUAAUUGUGCAUUAGCAGUGGGAUGGAAGUUUAGAGGGGUUACAGUUUGGUCCGCAUCUGGCUGCCGUCUUAUGUGCACGAUUCGUCAAACUGGAUUGGGUUCAGUUUCAUCUCCUAUGGUUAAGCCUAAUCAGGACUUGAAAUUCGAACCUUUAUUUGGUGGCACCUCACAAGUUCACUGGGAUGAGUUUGGAUACAAACUUUAUGCAAUUGAAGAAAGACCAUUGGAGAGGAUUUUAGCUUUUUCAUUUGGAAAAUGCUGCCUUAAUAGAGGGCUUUCAGGCACUUCAUAUGCUCGGCAGAUUAUAUACGGGGAUGAUAGAGUUCUCAUCAUACAGCCAGAUGAUACGGAAGAACUUAAAAUUAUGCACCUUAAUCUACCAGUGUCUUAUAUAUCUCAAAAUUGGCCUGUUCUACAUGUUGUUGCUAGCAAAGAUGGUAUGUACUUGGCAGUUGCAGGUGUUCAUGGUCUCAUCCUCUAUGAUUUGCGUUUCAAAAAAUGGCGUGUCUUUGGAGAUGUCACUCAAGAGCAGAAAAUUGAGUGCAAAGGCUUGUUAUGGCUUGGCAAGAUUAUUGUCGUGUGUAACUAUAUUGAAUCUUCCAACACGUAUGAGUUGUUGUUUUAUCCAAGAUAUCAUCUUGAUCAGAGCUCUUUACUUUAUCGAAAGACGUUACUUGGGAAACCAAUUGUCAUGGAUGUGCUCCAAGACUAUAUACUUGUUACUUAUCGUCCAUUUGAUGUUCAUAUUUUUCAUGUGAAGAUUUCAGGAGAACUAUCACCUUCUAGUACUCCAAUUCUUCAGCUUUCUACAGUAAGGGAGCUUUCCAUUAUGACCGCAAAGAGCCAUCCUGCAUCAAUGAGAUUCAUUCCUGAGUUCACAGCAGAAAAUACAUCAGAAAAGAACAAUUCUCAACAACCCUCAAGAUGUUUAAUACUGCGGGCAAAUGGGGAACUUUCAGUUAUUGAUUUGGAUGAUGGACAUGAGCAGUUGCUAUCUAAUUCAGUUGAACUAUUUUGGGUUACUGGUGGCCAUUUUGAAGAGAAGUCAAACCUCAUUGAGGAAGUUUCCUGGCUAGACUAUGGCCAUCAAGGAAUGCAGGUUUGGUAUCCAUCACCUGGAGUAGAUCCUUUCAUACAGGAGGAUUUUUUGCAGCUGGAUCCUGAACUUGAAUUUGAUCGAGAGGUUUAUCCAUUGGGCCUUCUUCCAAACAUAGGGGUUGUGGUUGGUGUGUCUCAGAGGAUGUCAUUUUCAGCCUGCUCAGAGUUCCCAUGCUUUGAGCCUUCACCUCAAGCUCAAACCAUUUUGCAUUGUCUCCUACGCCAUCUUCUUCAGAGGGGCAAAAAUGAAGAAGCAUUGCGCUUGGCAUGCCUUUCAGCAGAAAAACCUCACUUUUCACACUGCCUAGAGUGGCUUCUCUUUACUGUAUUUGAUGCUGAGAUAUCCAGGCAAAAUGCAACCAAGGAUCAGUUAUCCUCAGGGAUGUCAUCUUCAGGCAAUUCACUCUUAGAUAAGACAUGCAGAUUAAUAAAGAAUUUUCCAGAAUAUUUGGAAGUUGUUGUUAGUGUUGCACGGAAAACAGAUGGUCGCCAUUGGGCUGAUUUAUUCUCUGCUGCUGGAAGAUCAACUGAGUUGUUUGAAGAGUGCUUCCAACGAAGAUGGUACAGGACAGCUGCUUGCUAUAUACUGGUUAUAGCUAAAUUAGAAGGUCCUGCUGUGAGCCAGUACUGUGCCCUUCGCCUACUUCAAGCAACACUUGAUGAGUCUUUGUAUGAACUUGCUGGUGAAUUGGUACGGUUCUUGCUUAGAUCUGGAAGAGAGUAUGAAAAUUUGGCUACAGAAUCUGACACGCUGUCUCCUAAAUUUCUGGGCUAUUUUCUUUUUCGCUCGACAUCCCACAAGCAAUCAUCUGACUUGAGAAGCAACUCAUUCAAAGAGCUUAGCCCACAUAUUGCAUCUGUUAAGAAUAUUUUAGAGAGCCAUGCCACCCAUUUGAUGUCUGGAAAGGAACUUUCGAAGCUUGUAGCAUUCGUUAAGGGUACACAAUUUGAUCUUGUGGAAUAUCUUCAGCGGGAAAGACAAGGCAGUGCUCGCUUGGAGAAUUUUGCAUCAGGUCUUGAACUAAUUGGGCAAAAGCUCCAAAUGGAUACUCUCCAAAGCCGAUUGGACGCCGAAUUUCUUUUGGCACAUAUGUGCUCUGUCAAAUUUAAGGAGUGGAUUGUAGUUCUUGCUACUCUACUGAGGCGUGCAGAGGUUCUUGUCGAUCUUUUCCGCUAUGACUUGCGCUUGUGGAAUGCCUACAGCCGGACACUCCAGUCACAUGCUGCAUUCCAUGAUUACCUUGAUCUCCUCAACAUGUUGGAAGAGCAACUUGCUUCGUUGUCAAAUCUGAAACUGCAGAAUGGGUCUGCUGCGGUGUCUGAUCCAUCAUCAAGUUAACUGUAAUUAUAAUCUUCACCCUCGCCACAGCCACGCAGUUUGCAUUUAUUGAUGAUAAGGAUCUAUUCUUGGACAGAUGGGGGAAUCUUUUUGUUGAGGAUGUAAAUAGCUCACAGCAAAAGCAUUUGGAGUGGAUUUUAUUCUCCUUUUUCAUUUCUUUCAAUAAAAGAUGCUCCAGAGUUCAGUUUGUUUGUAAUAUCUUGUAUGGAGAGUGAUUGUCUACCCUUUCGAUUGAUUGCCCAUGCUUUACAUGUUUCAAUGGGCGUAUAUCUCAUGAGAGUUUAGGGUAUUCUACGUGAAAUCAAGUUUAGUUGAGUAUAUCUGAAAAUGCCUGUUCAUAUUGUCAGUUGUAACAUUUUAGAUUAGAUUACCCUUUUAAAAAUAUUUUAUUUUACACAA